AUGCGUCUCACAGGAGCAACCAACCUGCUGGCAGCCCUGCUGUGCGCUACUUCUGCCAUCGCCGCAACCACCACAGACUCCCUCCGCACCACCGACGUCUUCGCCUGGCCCUCAUCAGCAUCAUCACCGCUCCCCUUCGCCAAAGUUUCCUACUCCUGGCCCGCCCUCAAUGCCACAGUAGACUCAUAUACUGCACCGGUAGCCCAAUCAGAUGAGCCCGUACGAGUAGGCGUCCACCGCGCCGGUGACUGGGUCGGCGUAUCAACUUCAGGAGCCAAUUUCCAUGCGACAAAGAAGCCUUCCCUACGCCUGUACGUCGAUUCGACCGGAGAUGUCUGGCAUGUUGGCUUCAGCACCGCAACUGCAAAGUCUACCGAUAGCACGCUCGCAGUCGAGAUUGUGCCGCUGCGUCAGGGACCACAAGUCGCCUUUGAUAAGCCCAUCGUCGUGAACCAACAAGGAGAAUCCGAAGAGAAAGAACCCGAGAAGUCCUUCUUGCAANAAGUCAGUCUCCCCUUGCUAUGUAGCCUCUUGAGAACUUCCUGCUAA